CUUUUCAAAUUGUCAAAACUCAAAAUUAAAAAAAAAAGAUAAAUAUCAAUAAUAAGACAGUUUUACAAAAAAUAUUUUUUUUUAUUACAUAAAAAACUUCUUAAUUGUAAAAUUUAAGUGAACUUUUUUCCAAUAACACUAAACCCGAAGUAACAAAUAUAAGGCGCGAGAACGAUGGUAAAACGAAAAUCGAGCCUAAAAUCGAACCGAAAAUCAACCGGAAAAGGAACUAAGCCAAUAAAAGUGGAAAAGGAAUACACAAUACUAACACCGGAGGAACAACAAACUCGCGAUGCCAAAUAUGCAAUGCGUUUAGCGGAUUUGCGAACAUGUCUAUCCUUCAUCGAUGAGGCGUUCCUGAAAGUGGAAGAACUAAAACACGGCGAGGAUGUGAUAGAGAAAUGGCAAAACUAUUUACUUUGUGAUGGUCUGCCAAAACCAUAUAUACCACCAGCUGUACGUUUGUUCUUUGAGAAAUUGAAGUUUUUCGAUCGUUUCAAUACGGAGAAAACAAUUGAUUGGCUGCUGUCGGUGGAUGAGCGUAGUGUAUUGUCACAGGACAUAUAUGGCAAGGAUAUGACGCGCCGGGCAUUAAUUAAAGAAAUUCGUCCCAAUUUCGGAGAUGAAUACAAAGCCAACAUCGAUUUACUAUUAAAAGUUAUAAAGAGUAUCGAUUAUUAUGGCGAUGAUGAUACAAAAACAGUGAAAGCGCCGAUACGUAUUUUGCGCGAUAUCUUAGAUCAAAAGAAAGCGGCUUAUCAGGAAAUAGAGCACUAUUUCGAUCACUAUGCAUAUCGUAUAUUAUCAUCCGAAGAUUCCUAUAUGGAAUCAGUGAAUGCCACCACAGCUGAAUAUUGUUAUGAAUGCGACAACUUUGGCAUACACAUUUGGACGUUAAAAAAUGUGCCUAUACUCUUUCGAUUUCUAGAUGUACCUUGCAUUGAGGCAAAUUUACAUAAACUUAAAGUUAAAAUCAUAUUGCCCUACUCUAUAUUAAAAGAAAACCUUACCAUAAGAGGCAUACAUUUCUUAUUCGAUCCAUUUAGUGAGAAUGCAAAGAGCUUUAAGCAGGAUAUAAAAGAUGUUGUGGAAGACUUGACCGCUGGCAUACCGGAUAUACACGAAUGUUUGGUGCAUGAACAUUUCCUACAAGUGGAUUUGCAAAAUCAAGUGCGCACGAAAUUGAUGGAGCGACGCGCCGAAUAUGAGAGUAAAGUGCACGCGCUAAAUGAACAGCUGGAAAUGCUAAAGAAAUCCAAGUCUGCAGAUGAUGACAAAAAGAAAGAGCCGAAACUUAUAAAGCUGCCAAAAGAACCGCCUAUAAUAACCGAUAAUACGUUUCCGGAUAUCUGGGAGGACUUUUUACAAUUGGAAAAUGAACGUUAUAACAAUUUCAUAAACAAUAUUUACAAUCCAGAUUCGUUGCAAUUGGAACAUGAUGAGAUAAAUUUAAAAAAAUAUUCAAUACUUGGUGGCAUAUAUCAAUUGUAUUUUGUUAAGAAGCCUAUACAUUACAACUUCAACGAUUUCACUAUGACAUGGCAUGAGAAUAAUGGCGAUUUGGAAAUUAUUAAAGACGUCAUAGCAGAGGAAGUUUUACCGCCAGCUAGUUCACGAAUGUCGCUACGCUCCAGUUCAUCGUUUGUACGUACUUCGGCAAUAUCUAGGCGCAGCGUGGCACGUCUAACGGCGGCCGAAUUAAGUGAACUCUUUAUGCCGCCACCACAGAAUUGUGAUAGUCCGAAUUUUGUGAUAACAAUUGAAUUGCCCGAAUAUUUAUGCUUAUGGGGUGGUGAGCCAUUAGCAUGUCAUUACGAAGAUGAUUUAGUUGGCUAUGUCACGGAAAAAUUGUCCAACGUCGAUAUACAUAGAGUAAAUCCAUCGCUACCCGUUGAUGAUCAAAACAAAGCAAUGUCGAAAGAUCGUGGCAGCACAACGUUCACUAAUCCUUCGGUGGAUCUUUCAUAUACGCCCCGACAAUCCUCUUCCAAUCUUUCGGUGCGCACGAAACGUUCGUUUUCGAAUAUAUUUCGUCCAUCGAUUGCAUCGUUGGUUACUUCCAUAUCACCACAACAGCAGAUGCAUCCAUCAGUCACUUCUACGAUGAUUGAGGAUUUUAUUUUGGAUUUGCCCUUGAGUUUGGUGCAAAUACGGAAUAUACAAAGAUAUUGUGUACCAAGAAUUAUAUCGUCUUUCAAGUUUCCCGUAGAAUUGCAGGAUGAAGCCAACGAAGAACAGCGUGGCAAACCAAAAAAGGGUGGUAUAUUGCUACGAAAGCGUGUCUCCGAGGAUAGUGAACAAUUGGAGGCAGUUAAGGAAUUUCAGUAUGAUGGCCAAAAUAAUCCUGAGCGCAUUUUUCCAAUUUUACCACGUCUCGAAAAGAUACAUAUGGAAUAUGUAAUACAUGAUAAGGACACAGAUACUAUUACACUUUCAGGUACAAAGUAUCCAGUGAGUUUCUCCGACUUGGUACACACACUGGACCAAAUUAAGGCGUCGUAUCAGAGCGGCUAUAAGCACACACUACAAGUUCCCGAUCGGAAAAUGAACACUAUUUUAUUUAAGGAUCAUAAGAAGAAAAUGAAAACUAUCAGGUCAGAAGAGUCAUUUUCGAAGACACCAACUGUCUCACAAUCCUCGGCAAGUAUACAAACGUCAAGGCAUAAAUCUAUGAAGCGUAAAACGCGUUGGAGCGAUUUAGAUAUACUAAAGGGUAAAGGAGAUAAGGAGCGUUUGCGUUCGGACGUUAGCGUAAAACCGGAAAUGGAAAAGGAGAUGGAAAAAGAAAUAGAUAAAGAAGAAGAAGAAGAAGAAAAAGAGGAGGAAGAACUAUCUAAAGAGGCCGAGGAAGCGCCAGAACCUGAAAAUGAAGUUAAGCAAAAAACAUUUCAGUAUGCACACUGGACAACUAAAUACAUCAAUAGAACACAAUAUGAAAAAGAUAAACAUAAGAUCACCAUUUGGACUGAUAGAUUGGGUACCAUUGGUUUGGCAUACAAGUUAUACGAGCAUUUCCCCUUUAAAGAUUGGAGAGUCGAACCUGACAUGGAAAAUGAAGGCGAAGUAAUUUUUACACUGGAGACCCAAUAUGUUAGAUGUGUGCUUAACAUUUCAGCUCAAGGAUAUCGUGGUUAUGUAACAGAACCAACAAAAGGUUAUGUACGGCAUCGCAAAAUUUAUAUGGACAUAAAAGAGCCAAUAACGGACUUUAAGGAAUUGAAAAAGCGUUUCCACGAUCGUUUUUUGAAUAUAUUUUCGAAUCAUGAUGCUCGCUUUUAUAUAGAGAAUGGUUACUUUUCUGAGAAACAUUUAGCCUGUGAAUUACACACCUACUCUUGCAUAGCGUUACAUUGUCUGAUGUUGAAAUAUACACGAUCCGAUUGGAAUCGUUUGGCUAACCGUCGUGAUAUAAUAUUAAACUUUGGACAUUGUCGUGAUCCACCAGAAAAUAUGAUGCAAGUGCAUAUAACUCCGGAAAAUUCCACCUUUGUGGAAAUAAAAGAGUUGUGUUCAGAUAAUUUGGAUGUAUUCUUGCUGGACUACACAUUGACUUGGCGUAAUAUAGAUAAUUACUGUGACUUCCAUCAUCUCAUUAUGUCUGCAUUUGUUUCCGCUAUUGACAAUCGCUGCAAAGAUCCGAAACUCAUGGUGAACGUUAAAAAUUUACUUUACGAAAUACGUCCGCUAAGUUACUCAUAAAUUAAUUUCCAGAAAUAAACGAAAAAUAUGAUUUUUAAUUUAUUUUAGUUUUUUUUUAUUAUCUUAAUGUAUUUUAAAUUUGUCUCGAAGUAUACAAUAGAUCUGAAUAUGUAUCUUUGAUUUUACAUAAUGCACAAAGUUUGUUUGAAAGCGCAUGCAAAUUUACAUUGUUCGAGAAUUAAACCACACAAUUCCCUUCAUUUACAACAAAUGUUAUGUUCUUGCACUAUUAAAUGCUUAAAUUUACGUAUUGCAAAUGAAAGUUAAUCGAAAACAUAUUGCUCCAAAUCUAAUCGUGGAAUGAGUUUGGUUUGUUUGCAUACUUUUUUUCAAUUAGCAGCAAAUAAUAAUAAAUGGCAAUCAGCAAUGUUAUGGAAAUUGAAUUUAACCGUAGAAAAUUAACUUAUUCACUAAACUUAACAGCAAAAGUGUACAUUGGAAAUAACUGGCAAAAGUAUAAAUGUGUGCACACAGCAGCAAGUGGCUAUAUGAGUAGCUUAAGAUAAGCAAUAUUUCCUAUGGCCACUAUUAAUCUCUUUCUGUUACACUGAUGACGUCGACAUUGCCAAAUAACCGAAAAUGUUGCUACAGGUGUACGCUUGCUGUUUUUUUUUUUGUUGUAUGUUCGCUGUUGACAUUAUGUACACACAAUACUUUUGCUACAUCGUUUCUUCUGAUUCCUUAAGAACGGUUGUAUUUACCCCAAAUAUGCAGCAUGAAUACGGAGGCAAUGAAAAG